UCAGUGUGUACCACUGGUUUCUACACGUGCUACACAAUUUCAGUUGCUGGUCAGUCUGAAGAAGAAAGAUGUUUGCUUUGCCGUACAUUUUCGGUGCAAUAAACCGAUCCCGAAACAGAUUGUUUCAUUUUUCGACAGAAUAUAGUUCAGGCGUUAAGAAUAUUGCACAAAAAUCCGGUCGACCUCCGAACAUUCUUGUUUAUAGUGGAGUUGAUGAUCAAAGUUGUAGGGAAUUCCAACAAGCCAAACAAUUUCUUCAGCAAUGUUUGGGUCAAGAUAAAUACGUGAUUUAUCAACUCCAACAUGACUUAAUACUUCAAGAACCUUGGAAAGAAAAUACAGAACUUUUGGUUUUAUCAUAUAAUCAUAUAUUGGAUAAAUCUCAUGAAAAUGCAUUUGAUAGUUACGUUAAGAACGGUGGAAAAUUACUGGGUUUUGCACCGUCUUAUACAUUGAACGAUUCUGUUGAACUGAUUGAUGUUGAUCCCUCUAUAGAGGAGAUACGUGUGCAUGAGAAACUAACAAAAUAUGGAAGAUGUCUACAAGUGCCAAGUAUUGAUAAAAUCUAUGAGGUUAAGAGGGAGGAAGAAUGUCUGGCUGUCAGCUCCGACACCUCGAAACCAGUUAUUCUCAGUGUGUCACUUGAAGAUGGCAUGGCAAUUCUUUCCACUAUACCAAUCUUCAAGGACGCUAUGAAUAAUGAAUUGAAUAAUGCCAGAAUUGAAUUGGUGAAAAUGUUAUUGAGUUAUCUUGGAAUUACUUGUGGAGAUACGAAGGAACCAGUUUUAACCAAUGCAUACUUACUAGGAGAUAAUAAGGAUAAAGAAAUCUUUUUAAAAAGCAUUCAAGAUAUACUGGUGAACAACUGCUUUAGAGGAAAUAAUAUCAACAUUUUCUUCACAGAAAACAAGGAUAUGCCCAUAUCCAAUGAAAACUUUCCUGUUAUAACUACUACAAAUGAACAAGUUUCAUUUAGUUUGUCCUUAUAUAAAGAGCAUUUGAAAACCAAACAUUUAGGACAACUGGCCAUAUACACUGAAGUAAUUACAUCCACACAAACUAUCCUUAAUGGAAGUCUGAAAUUGGUGAGAAAAACUCUAGAUCAGUAUGGUUUAGUUUUAGUUGGCCGGCAACAGACAAUUGGAAAAGGACGUGGAGGUAAUGCAUGGUUAUCUCCAGAUGGCUGUUUAUCAUUUUCAUUUCCAUUGCAUAUUGAGCUGGAUACAAAUCUCGGUGAACGUCUUCCCUUUGUUCAGCAUAUUGCUGCACUUGCUGUUGUUGAUGCUGUUAGAUGCAUGGAUGGCUAUGAGGAUAUAGAUUUGCGGCUAAAAUGGCCAAAUGAUAUAUACUUUGGGAAGGGAACAAAGAUUGGUGGAAUUCUUGUGAACUCAGCUAUCUUUGGGAAAAAUGUUUAUGCAACAAUAGGUAUUGGGGUGAAUCUGGACAACAGUGAACCAACAUCUUGUAUCAAUGAUAUGAUUCAGCAACACAAUGUUGCUUCAAAUAUGGCAUUGAGGAAACUAAGUAGGGAACAAUUGUUAGCAAGGAUUCUAAAUGAAAUGGAAGAUAUUGUUCAGGUGUUUCAGAGAGAUGGACCAAAACAAUUUCUCACAAAGUAUUAUCAGAGGUGGCUUCACAGUGAUGCAAAGGUGAAUCUUGGAAAUGAAAGUGGUGAAAAGGUUACCAUUAAAGGAUUGGAUGAUAUGGGUUACUUGUCUGUCGUGAACACCUUAAAUGAAGUUCUAUCUGUUCAACCUGAUGGCAACAGCUUUGACAUGAUGAGAAAUUUGAUUACAAUAAAAACAAGAAAUUGAAUUACAACAAAGAAGGUGAAACCAUCUCAUAUUUAAUUGUGAAUCAAUAAAUAUAUUUUCCAUGGAUUAAAUCUAUUAAAAUGUACAUAUGAAGUCUG